AAAAUGUAAUUUUUUUCCAUUUCUUUUUUAUUUCGUCAAAACAUAAUGACGUAUUGCAGUGUAUUUGCUGGCUUUCCUUUUUUUAUGUCACUUUUAGUUAACCCUAAUAUUUCUGUUUGUUUCUCGAGAAAAUCACUGAUUGUAUUAUCAUGGGGGAAAACGGGAUUAAAAGCUUUAAGAGAGUAAUUACUUGCUUGUUUUUCACUAUUUUUCUUUUGUUUCUUGCCAACCAAACAGAGUUCUCUACAGAAUCAAGUACAGGCGUGCAGGAAUUCCUUUUUUUGUAUUUUUUUAUUUCAUUCGCUUUUGACUUCUUGCCCUUUUUCUUCUUAAAUUUCUAUUUUCUAUUUCAGAUUUUUGAAUGUUCUAAUAUUGUUGAAACUGGAUAGCUUUUAGAUUGUUUUAUUUAAAGGACUUUUAGACUUCUUGAGUUAUUGUGCUAAAUCAAAGAGACUGGAGCCAGAGAAGAAAAGGAUAAUCUAUGGAGGACGGCGUAGGAAGAGGUUUGGAAUGCCAGAGGACUAUGGAUGGGAAGGUGAAUGAUUGGAAUGGCUCAGAGGAUAUUCCUUCUUGUUGCUUGAAGGCCAGGGCUUCUGCACCUGAGCUUGAUGCUAAAUGUCACUCUACAGUUGUUUCUGGGUGGUUCUCAGAAUCUCAGUCUGGCUCUGGUACAGCUAGCAAAAGGGUUUACUUCAACAACCCGAUGUGGCCUGGAGAAGCACAUUCAUUGGAGGUGAAGAACAUUUUGUACAAGGGGAAGUCAGAGUAUCAAGAGAUCUUGGUUUUUGAGUCAUCUGCAUAUGGCAAAGUGCUUGUUCUUGACGGUAUUGUCCAAUUGACUGAGAAAGAUGAGUGUGCCUACCAGGAGAUGAUAGUUCAUCUUCCACUUUGUUCAAUUCCGUCACCUAAAUCUGUUCUGGUUGUUGGAGGCGGUGAUGGCGGGGUUCUUAGAGAGAUUUCUCGCCAUAGUUCCGUGGAGCUCAUUGAUAUAUGUGAGAUAGAUAAGAUGGUUAUUGAUGUCUGUAAGGAAUUCUUUCCAGAGCUAUAUGUUGGAUUUGAGGACCCUCGAGUCCGACUUCAUGUAGGUGAUGCUGUAGAAUUUCUCCGGCUUGCUCCUGUAGGGAAGUAUGAUGCAAUUAUUGUUGAUUCAUCAGACCCUGUAGGUCCAGCUCAAGAGCUUGUAGAGAAGCCCUUCUUUCAGACAAUAGCUAAAGCAUUAAGGCCUGGCGGCGUCCUUUGUAACAUGGCAGAAAGUAUGUGGCUUCAUACACAUCUUAUUCAGGAUAUGAUCUCUAUUUGCCUUGAAACAUUCAAGGGUUCUGUCCACUAUGCCUGGGCAAGUGUUCCGACAUAUCCAAGUGGGGUGAUUGGAUUUCUCAUAUGCUCAACAGAGGGGCCACCUGUUGAUUUUUUGAAUCCUGUUAAUCCUAUAGAGAAGUUAGAAGGGGCAGACAAGUAUAAAAGAGAACUUCGAUUCUAUAACUCAGAGAUUCACUCGGCUGCAUUUGCAUUGCCAACGUUUUUGAAGAGAGAGGUGAGGUUGCUUCGUGAUUCUCCAAUAGGGGCAAAAGGAAUCCACGUUUCCUAGUUAUUGGAGUUCCAUGAUCAGUGGAACUACUGGGUAGACGGUUAUUAUACAGAAUCUGCCUUAGAGACAUGAUAGCCAUGAUUUUAUCGUGUCAUAUAUUUACGGUUUCUCUGUCUCAGUAUCUAUAAAGUAAGUAGGUAGCAAGCAGAUGAGUUAUUAGUGUUAGCGACUGUAAUGCUACUUAUUUGUGUCACGGCCUAUGAGCAGAAUCUGAUAAAUAUAUAACACUUGCCUUGUCAACUA